AUGUGUGAGGCCGUCCUGGUGGAUCUGAUCCACGGCUGCAGUGCUGGAUGCACCGGCGCGUCUCUCCUGGAGGAUCCCGCCGCAGCGGAGCCGCAGGUCUUCCUACUGUGCGGGAAACGGUACCGGGAGAGGAACGGCUUCUCUGACGCCUUUGUGAGCUCGUGCAGGAGCGUGCACGUGCUGGACUCGGACUCCACGGCGGAGUGCUUAUACCGGUUCAAACAGACUGUGGAUCAGCUGGAUCUGAGCUCUAUCAGAGUCCUCACGACCCCGCGGGGCCGAGCCGUGCUGCAGGGCUACCAGGAGCUGCUCUUCACCGCCGUGUACACCUUCAUCUACCAGGUGGACCAUCUCACCUGUCCGAGCUGCGCAGGCUCCGCCCACACAGACUCACCUGGAGGAGUCCAUGAAGAAGUCUCCAAGUUUCUGCAGCAGCUUCCUGCACAGAGGGGACAAGUCACAGUCCUCAAGUCAACUCUGAUCCCAGACUGUUUCAGUCAUGGCUUCAGCACCCGUAGAGGCGGCGUGUCCUACAUCCCGACUCUGUCCUCCCUGAACCUGUUCAGCAGCAGCAGGAGGAGGGACCCCGGGGCUGUGGUGCAGGAGAACAAACGGAGACUGGCCCUCCACGCUGGUUUCAACCCUCAGCUGCUGCGUCAGGUCAAGGUGAACCACGCCAGUGAUGUCUUUGUUUUGGGGAAAGCUGAGCCAGAGAGCUACGAUGCCAUGGUAACCAAUCAGACUGGGGUGGUUAUCGCAGCUCCGGGAGCCGACUGCAUGCCGAUCCUGUUCGCCGAUCCGGUGUCAAAGGUCAUCGGAGCCGCUCACGCAGGCUGGAGAGGAACCCUGAUGGGUGUUGCUAUGGCGACGGUGGAGGCCAUGGUGAAGGAGUUUGGUAGCCAGGUGGGCGACAUCCUGGUUGCCGUGGGACCGUCGGUGGGGGUGUGUUGUUACACUAUGGAGAGACAGCAGGCGCUCGACUUCCACCGCAUCCACCCGCACUGUGUCCCUGAUCCAGAGUCAGCCAGACCGCACGUCAACAUCCGCCUCGCCAACAGACUUCUCCUCGAGCGCGGCGGCAUCCUGCCUGAACACAUCCAUGAUGACACGGUGACGGAGCGGCCCUGUGUGACGCCGUGCACCUCCUGUCACCCCGAGGACUUCUUCUCUCACGUCAGAGACGGACUGAACUUCGGCACCCAGGUGGGCUUCCUGUGGAUCAAAGAGACGGAGGACGAGACCCCGCCCACAGACGGACAGACGGACUGACAGAUGAUUGUGCUGUUUGGACUUGAAUAAUCAGCAGGUAGACAACACCUGGAGUCAACAGGUGGAACCACAUCACUAAUAACUCUACAGUACAGAAUAUAAACAUAUAAUAUAUAUAUGUGACUUUAUAUCCGGGGGAUGUAACUAAGUACAUUUACUCAGUUUGAGAAACUUUACUUGAUUAUUUUCAGUUCACUUUCUACUCCACUACGUUUAUCUGACAGCUCUAAUUACUUUACACAUUAAAACAUACGAGUUUAUAAAAUCUGAUGUAUAAUUAUAUAAUUAGUCAGACAGUAAAUAUGAAUCUAUUUUUGAUGGUUGCAGUGAGUUUUCCUGCAGUGUGUGAACACGUCCUGCUCUGGGUCAAUCACACACAUUCAGUCUGAUUAUAAAUAUUAAAGUGAAAUAUUUAAUAAAGCUGUAAUGCUGAAUAAUA